UUCAUAUUUCCCUGCCUCUCUUCGUUCUCUCUUGGCCUUCCUCUUCUGUCCACUUCUACUGGGUCUUCAAUUAAAUUUUGUUGUUCUUGAAAAGAAAAUAUGCUGCAGGAUAUGUGGAAUGCUCCUCCUGGUUUUAGACCAACAAAAUCUGCUCCAACGUCACCGGCAAAGCCUCUUGGUGUUUCCAGAACUCGCUCUGAAUCUUUUCAUGCUAUUCACAAAGUUCCUGUUGGUGACACUCCUUAUGUCAGAGCCAAAAACGUUCAAUUAGUUGAUAAGGAUCCAGAGAAGGCUAUUCCACUGUUUUGGGCAGCCAUAAAUGCUGGAGAUAGAGUGGAUAGUGCUUUGAAAGAUAUGGCUAUUGUUAUGAAGCAGCAAAAUAGGGCUGAGGAAGCCAUUGAAGCCAUCAAGUCUUUGAGAAGCAGGUGUUCAGACCAAGCACAAGAGUCCCUUGACAAUAUUCUUUUGGAUCUUUACAAGAGAUGUGGGAGAUUAGAUGAUCAAAUAUCAUUAUUGAAACACAAGCUUUACUUGAUCCAACAAGGGCUUGCUUUCAAUGGUAAACGCACAAAGACUGCUCGGUCUCAAGGGAAGAAGUUUCAAGUCUCUGUAGAACAAGAAGCAACUCGUUUACUGGGAAACUUGGGAUGGGCGUUGAUGCAGCAAAACAACUAUGUAGAAGCAGAAGAUGCAUACAGAAGGGCACUCUCAAUUGCACCUGAUAAUAACAAGAUGUGCAAUCUGGGUAUAUGCUUGAUGAAGCAAGGGAGAAUCUCUGAGGCUAAAGACACAUUGCGAAGGGUGAAACCAGCAGUUGCUGAUGGGCCAAGAGGUGUAGAUUCCCAUCUCAAAGCCUAUGAAAGAGCACAACAAAUGCUAAAGGAUCUUGAAUCUGAAAUGAUGAACAAAGGAGGAGACCGGGUUGAACAGAGUAGACUCUUCGACGCAUUUCUUGGUUCUUCGUCAAUUUGGCAGCCUCAGCCUUGCAAAGAUCAUAACAUCUUGCCAGCAAAUGCAAGUAAAUUGCAUGAUGAUUUUGCUGACGAGAACAUGGAUUCUAAUAUAGUAACAAACCAGACUAUGUUUCCUCAGCAGAGAACUGUCAAAGAGUUACAAUUUGCUCCUUCUGUUAACUCACUGAAUGUGGGUGCACGUCCAUUCUUUUCAUCGAAAUUAGUAAAAGAGCCAAUUGGGAAUCAUUUUCAUGAGACACUUAAAAGAACAAGAUCAGGAAAUGUUGCUAAUUCGAACAGAAAGAAUGAAAUGGGGCUAUUCAGUAUGCCAGCCGUGGAGCAUGAAAAACCUGAAACCAAGUCAAGAAGACUAUCCGAUGAAACAGAGAAUGGAUUGUCCGAGUUGCUACCAGACAACAAGGACUUUGAGGAUGCCAUUCUUGCAGCAGUUUUGGGUCCAACAAAUGAAGCAGGAGGAAGGAAGCCAGUUGAAACUGGCAGCAACAACAGCACCACUGCCAUCUUUCAAACAAAGAUCGAAAAGAGGCUUAAGGUUUUUCAAGACAUCACUCUUUCUCUCAGCCCAAGAGCCUGAUUGAGAUUUUUAGCCUAAUUUAAUUACUUUUAACUAAUUUAAUCAUUUCAGUGUUACAUAAAAUUCUAGGUUGGAGAUGAACUUGUUCUCCUUGACCCUAGUUCCUGUAGUAGAAAAGGAGUACACAGUGUGGUAUGUAGUAGCAUGCUAAAUUUGUUUGGCGGGGUUUUUCUCACUAAACAAGCACAUUGUUGUUUCUAUUUUAUUUAUUUAUUUGUAAGCCUAAUAAGGCAUGAAUCCUUUUUUGACUUGGAAAUAAUCCACUGUCUCAUUUCACACUUUUUUAUGUAAUGAAAAUGAAGCUGUUUACUGCAAGAA